AUGAAAAAGAAACCCAAGUGCGAUAUUUGGAUUGUGGGUCUCGCUUUCAGUGCAAUCUACUUCGCUUUGCUUCUUACUCAGGUGAUCCAUCAUGACCCAACUGCGAUGGCACUGGAACAUUCACCUCAAGAAGAUCUCGUCAUGCCCAGGAUCAAAUCAUCAUCUACAGAGCCAAAAGAAAGCAGAAGUAUACACGGAACGAAUCAUCUGCCUUUACAGGAAGAAGAAAGCGAGCUUCGAAUGUUACACAAUGCUCUGAAUGAAACUCUAACAUCAAGUCCAACUGCAACCACGACCAAGACUACAACUAGGACUUCGACUUCGACUACAACAACAACGACACUGACACUGACAACUUUGAGCCCAACCGUGAUCGCAAUCGAGACAAGAGAACGCCAAGAUCACAAUUACAGCGAAACAAAUGCUCUCAGAAACCAAACAAGAAUUCCAUUGUCAGACUCCGCUUCAUCAGCAACCUCAUCUCCCAAUCCUUUACCAACUCUUGAAUACAACGGAACAAACUCCUUCGGUGCCUGCUUAAUGUGGAUGGAUGAUUACGAGAGAUUGAUUGAAUGGAUCGCCUAUCAUUACCAUGUCUUGCCAAUGCGACAUUUAGUUAUUUAUCGUGAUCCAAAGAGUGACAAGGAUCCGACAAAGAUUUUGGAACGAUGGAAGCCAUAUCUGGAAAUUACAUACUGGACAGACAUUCACCAACUUUCAUUCAUCCCGCAGGCUAGAAGUAUUCUAUCCCAACUGAAUGGCGUUUCACGCUUCUACAAAUUGCAAGGUAUUGUAGCAACUUUGCAUGGCAAUAUUCGAUCAGUUGAUCUUCCUAACAUGCUGAUUUGGGCUCGCUUUCCAGGAUUGUUUUAUCGCAAUUGCCUCAACCAUCUCAAGCAGAACAAGUGGACUUGGACCUUUGUUGGGGACACGGAUGAGUUCUUGGUACUCAAUGCAAAGGUACUUCCUGCCGCUCCAGAAAUGAUGGAGCAAUCCGGAAUCAUCCUCAAAACACUCAAGGCUGCCCAAAGUGGAAACGAGAUCAUGAAAAUGCAAAACACCACUGUCAAACUAAUCAAUUCUCAGAAGCAAAACAUUCGAUGGGGGAACAAAGCAACGCUAUGCCUUUGCUUGAUGCGGCAACAAUUCUCCGGGUUUGAGAGUCCACAAGAAGCGGUGACAAAAGAUGUGCCGGCCGUUUUCGAUCCUUUUCGAUUUCAAACAAUGAGAUUUCGAUACCAUCGCCGAAAAACGAUCAUUGGAAAGUGUAUCAUUGAUGCUUCACGUGUCUCUGUGAACGUCUAUACUCGUUUUUCACAGCAUAUGCUCAUCAGGGAGUGCGGAUCGGCGUGGGGGGAAAGUCAAGACCUGAUGCACGUCAAUCACUAUCUUGGGACAUGGGACUACUUUGAUAGACCCAACGAUGUCAGAGGUGGAAAAGACCGCUAUGAAACCUUCAUGAAGAAAAAUCUAGAGGUGAAUAAAACAAUCACUGGUAAGCUAGGAGAUACGCCUCGUAAAUGGUUGGCGUCAUUUCUCCAAACCUUUGGCGAAGAAAAAGCGUCAGUGCUUCUGGAAGGUGUCGGAUUUCCUUACAACAACAAAACUGCCCUGCCCACAAUGAUAGUGACAGACUGA